GGGAGACGGGGGCCAGAUGUCACACAGGGAAUUUGUCAUGAGGGCUGUAUCACAGUAAUGAAAAAAUUUGCAGUCAAAAUUGCAAAUGUACAUCUUAGUUUUUUCUCUAGUAGAGGUUUUGUAUGUUGGUUUCAAUCUUGUUCAAAACCCUCUUAAAUUAGAAUAAUGUUUGUACAUUUUAUCUUUCAAAGUUAAUUUUUAAUUAUAUCAUCAUAUUUUUAUGAAUGAACAAGUGAAAAUAAUCAAAUCAUGGUGGCAUCAAUUCAGGUCAUAUACUGUAUUUGAUUAAAUGUGUUCUUAAAAGUAUUUUUCAGGUUGGGGCAUGUUUAUAACAUUUUUAUCAGGACAGGUUGUCACGUGUUUUAAAUCACUUACAAUAUUUGUAGGUCAAAACAAUGAUUUGAUAUUGAUAUCUUUUUCCAUUUUUGGUGUGUCUUUACUAGUUUUGUGCCUCAUAAUUGAGUUUAGAAUUUUGCUGAAAUGCCUUUACAGUAAUAAGCUGUUUACAGUUUUUCCCAAUUGUUUCCACACUAAAAUUGGAACUUGAAAAGCAACCACCGAAACCUGAAACUCAUGUACCAAAUCCCUAAACCAAGUCUGCAAAAUUGCAAGCACAAUUCCUGCUUUACACUCUGUUUUCAAUUCUAUAUCACACUUUUUGCAAAACACUACACACAGUUCUCUACAUUAGGCACAACAUUCAAAAUUAAAAUCUAUUUAGUCCCUUUGGAAAGUACCGCAAAUCACAAUACCUAGCUCUUGCACCAAUUGGCAACACCCACUCCUCACAGGUGUAAACACUAGUUGCUGAACUGUUCACUUAGAAAUCAGAGCUCUAGCACUAUAAAAGGCCACAGAUGAGCUCUCCUGUUUUGGAGGAAAAUGAAGGUCAAUGGUGAAGCAAGAGCUAGAGGUGUGAGGACAGACAAUUGUCUCAGAUGAGAUCAGGGCCACAUUGGUUGACCAUAUGCUUAACCAUGGAUUGAGUAUGAGGGAGGCUGGGCAGAGAGUUCAGCCCAACCUGAGCCACUACACGGUUGCAUCUAUCAGCUGUACAUUCAGAAAUGAGAAUCGGUAAGUUACCUACCAUCUAUACUAUGCUCUUUAUGUAUGUAUACUGUAGUAUACUGCAGUCCGACAUAUCAGUAGGCCUAUGUUACUCAGUGAUUGAUGGCCAAUGUUACAGUAAUGUAAUUUCAUAUUGAAAGAAAAUUGAUUAUUUUAGCUUACAGUAACCAAUCAUAGACAGAUGGGGAACUCGCAUCUUUGAAAUGUGUAUAAUUUGAAUUGAGCCAAGAGGUCAGCGUGUGAAGUUUCAGUCUCCAAUUGGUCGCGUAUCCUCUUGUCCUACGAAUUCACGGUUCAGAGUUCACCAAGCUUGAACUUUGGUAUGCAGCGUAGUACGAAAUUGUUUUGCAUGAGCUUGCGUUUCCACUCUGAUGCAUUCGGAUGCAUUUGAAUGGGAGCCCCUUUACUCGCCGCAUCGCUUGCAACCUUAUGACAGGCCAACUGUUUGUUCAUACAUUUAUUUUCUCAACCCUAAAAGGGCAAGAAGAUAAUUGUAUUUAUUUAUUUUUUCAAUUUUACAGCGUGUAGAAUCAUAUCAUGAAAAAAAUACCUUGACAUUUGCCAUUGAGGCAGCACAAGAGUUACAUUUUAUUAGUAAUAUAGCAUACUUUUUGAAAAAAGUUUAAAAAGUGCUUUAGGCAUACAGAAAAAAAUUGACAGAGCUAGUGCAAAAUAAAAAACCACCAACAAAGAAACGGCAACUGAAUAAUAAUUUUUGAUUGUAAGUAAUGUCUGAAGAAAAAAGCAUAGAUUUACCUUGUCUUUAUAGUUUGUUUUCUUUAUUUUUAGGAAGGUUGGUCCAUUAAGAAUUAAACUUAAUUACAAAAGCAAUUACUGAAUCAAAUAUGCAUUUUAACUACUGCAGCUUUUUUUCUCUAUUAUUUAAUAUUAAUAAUAUUGCAAUGCACCGUGACACAUUAAUAUAUAUAUUUUUUGACGGGUUUCACUUUCAUUUUUAAUCUUUAUUGUCCUUUAUUGGCCAAAAGCAAUUACAUUGAACAAUAUAAAAAUGAUCUUAUUAGCUAUUUAUUACAGUGAUUAAAAUCGAUAAAAUUGACUAUCAUGCCAAUUAAAUUAAACUUUAUUUUAUUUUAAUUUUUUGUGGUAAGGUAUGAAAAAACGUAGGUUAUCAGUAAACUUAAGAUGCUGUACAUAGACGUCACACUGUGAUGUCACUUUUGUCUUGGGAUUUUUUCCGGGAUGUGUGUGAAUGCGAGCACAGAUUCCGGGAAAGCUCGGGCAGUGUGAAUGAUCAAAAUCUUGCAGUCCCAGAACAGAUCCCGGCAUGACAUUCCCAGGAUUCAACCCAGCAUCUCUAUGUGAAAGGGGCUUAGUAGAACAUUGCACUACUGGUACUGUAAUGACAAGGUCAUGGGUUUGAUUUUCAGGGAAGGAAUGGACUGAUAAUAUGUAUAUUUAAAAUGUACUGUCAGUUGCAUAAGAUAACAUAAUCUGUCUAAUACAGUAUGUAAACUGGUUGCUGUGGUGAUGACACUGUGGAUGAAAUUCUUUUGUGCGUUAUGAGCAGUGGCAAGGUUGAAUCUAUUCUUUUUUGGGCUUAUUCCUUCUGUCUAUAUUUAUUUUCUUACAAACACAUUCUUCCACUCAAACCAUAUAGUGCCACUGAUGGUGGUGUGAUGGCCUUGAACCUUGAUCUAGCAGUACAACCAGGUGCAGAAGGAGGUCGUCGCCGUACCCGUAGAUACAUGCCAGGAGAUCCUGCAGGGAGUCGCAAAACUGAACGUUUCCAUACUCAACCCAUAACGUUCUAUGAGAUACAGGAGAGCUGCGGAAUAAUGGAUGAUGAAAAUCGGGACUCUUCACAAAUGGAUGUGCAAACAGAUGACAGAGCCAAGAUGAGUGUAGCUGCCAAGAUGUCUCUGUUUAAAGAGUUGGAGAAGACCUCUUCAUCUGAAGCCUCCUCGUUCCUCAAACCUCGCUCCAGUAAUAUUUUCCAUGAGUGUAGAGCUCGCCGUGGCAAGGAUUUUCGGGCACUCACUCAGCCAAUCACCUUUGAGGAAACCAUGAUGGCAGUGAGGCCUCAGUCAAGUGAAUCCAAAUGUCUGGAGACUGAGCCUGAGGUAGAGGAUGAUGCCAGCUCUAAGCUGUCUAUGACUGAGAAACUGGCUCUCUUCAACAAACUGUCACAGCCUAUAUUAGGACCUGUGGGGAGUCCAGUGAGAGAUGGUGGCCCUCUAGAGGCCUCUGAGAGACGCAGGCAGAAAGGAGCACGCUACCGCACACAGCCCAUCACCGUGGAUGAGGUCAGUUUGCUUCAGAAAGGGCCUGUUCAGCUUCCCCGUCUUCAUCUGACACCUCAUCUUUCCGACCGACAACAGGUUCUGUCCAGCAAUCUGAAGCCCAGUGAAGUGUGUCUUUCUGGACUGAGCUCCUCACAGGAAUGGGGUUCCUCCAGUGAACACACUGCACCUAAUCUGAACUCUAUAAAGGACAGCAGCUCUCAGAAUGCAGUGCGGCAAGGCACUGCAAUUAAAGGCAUCUUGAAAAAUACUUCUUCAGAGGGAGUGGUGUGGAGGACUGAAUGUAAGGACAAGGAUGAUCUGAAUGGACAUGGCCUGAAACAGAAUGGGGGAGAGAGGAGAGUGAGAGAGGUGAAAGAAGAGAGGCAUGCGUCUGUGUCAUCAGUGGUUUCCUCUCUAGCUCAACUCUCCAGCGUUCCCUGGAGGCAGAGAGCAAGGAAGGAUGCCUCUACUUCUUCUGUCAAAACACGAAGAUCUGCUCCAAAGCAUGAUGGAUGCCCAACAUUAUCAGCAGACAUGCAUACCACAGAACACAGCAGUAAUGAAGCCAUCACUCACAGACUGAUGGACUCUAGAGAAACUGAGGAAGAAGAGGAGAAGAAGACGGAGGGAAGGAGCAAUAUCACGCCAAGCACUGGGCCACAGGAUGAGUCUGAGAGUGCUGUUGGGUCUACACCCCAAACUGAGUGCUGGGAGCCUGUGUUCUCCUCUGUGUAUUCUCCUUCUAGCUCCACACCUCAGUAUGUGAUGUUUUUCAAUGAGAUUAGUCUCUCUUAUGAAGCUCAGGAGGUUUCCUCACCAACUCAAACCCAGCCACAGGUGAAGAGCAAAGUCAAGGCAAACUGUGAGGAGGAAGACUCUGCAAAACUCGUCUUUACAGCGGCACAAACAAUCUGUUCCAGUGAGGUCCAAGAGAGUCUGCAGUUUGAUACUGAGAUGGCUAAAGAGGUGGUGACCUCUGAACCCUCUUCACUGCCAGUGUGUCAGACCAGAGGAGGGAACACAGAGCCCGACCUGAGCAUGCUCUGUCAAACAAACACUCCAAUAUUGAGCUCAGCUGUAGCCGAGCACAGGCGCUCAGUACGGCCGUCCCGCAGGACUCAGGGUUCAAGGAAUCCAUUACGUGCUCUUGCUGCUCGAGAAGACAUCCAACAGGAUUUCAUGCAGCCUGAAGACGAUGGUGAAAUGGAAACUAAGAGGGCUAUGAAAAAUUCAAACUGCACCUCAGUUAAUGUCACCUCAGUUGAUGUCACUUCCUCUGGCAAUGUGAGCAGACCCACAGUGCCAUACAACAAACUUAUGCUCAUACACAUUAAAGGAUGGAGGCAGGUGCAGGUGCGGUUGGUGGAGCCGGUGGCACGGUCUCUUAACAGUGGUGACUGUUUUCUGCUGGUCACACCCUCACACUGCUUCCUCUGGACUGGAAAAUUCUCCAACACCAUUGAGAGAGAAAAGGCGUCUGAAAUGGCUUCAUUGAUUGUGACCCAGAGGGAUCUUGGUUGUCAGGCAACAGGUGUCAUUCACCUGGAUGAAGGUGUAAAUACAGACGGCCUGCAGGCAGCAGAGUUUUGGAACCUUCUCGGGGGACAGACACCAUAUAAUGGUCCAGAUGGUGCCGAUGACGAUGAGCUCUAUGAGAAAGCCAUUUCAGAGUCGAACUGUAUUUAUAGGCUGCAGGAAGACAGACUCAUGCCCCAUGAACAGGGCUGGGCCUCCAUACCACUCCUUUCUCUACUGGACUCCUCCCAGACUCUACUGUUUGACUUCGGCAGUGAGCUCUAUUUGUGGCAUGGGAAAGACAUUGGUCCCAGCGAGAGGAAACUGGCACUGCAGCUGGCUCAGCAGGUUUGGGAUGGAGCUUAUGACUACAGCAACUGCAGGAUCAACCCUCUGGAUCCCUCUGCUGGCAAUGCACCCAUUCACAAGCAAGGCAUUGGGCGGCCAGGCUGGGCACUUUUUGGCCGUGUGUUUGACCAAAAUGAGACUAUACUGUUCAAAGAGAAGUUUGCUAACUCAUUUGAACAGACAAAAGUGAAUAAGAAUCACACUGCACCCUCAAUUCAAGAAGAAGUCCAGACCACUUUGCUCAAAUCUCCUUCAGAACCAAUACUUGUUGAGCAGUGGUCAUGUGAUGCCAAAGCACUCUUUGGUGGAGUCUAUCUCUCGGGGGUGUCGCAAAUCGUUCUGGAUGGUGUGGACGUACGAAUGGGACAUGACCUAGUCACACUGAGUGACGGUCGACAGGCAGAGUUAUGUACUCUUGCAGUAAAAAAGUGGCUUAUUUCAGAGGGUGAAGAGUGUGAGGUCGCCCCAGGGAGCUUUGGACAGUUUCAUGAGGGCAACACAUAUGCUUUACGCUGGACGUACAGCCUCACGCCCUUGGUGGAUCAUAUGGCAAAAGAUCAGAAAAGAUCUGCACUUUUCAUCUGGAAGGGGCGGCACUCAAAUAUCAGUGGGCGGGACCUGUCACCCACACUAACCAAUCAGUGUAGCUCUCAGGUGUUUGUAACUGAAGGGGAGGAGCCACCCUGUUUUCUGCAACUAUUUCAGGGAGGAAUGGUCAUUCACAGACGACACAGCAGCAGAGAUACAGGUGGCUGGCGACUGUUCUGUGUGAGAGGGGAUGUGCCAGUGGAGGGCAGUCUGUUGGAGGUUGAAUGCUCCUGCUCAAGUCUGAGAUCUCGUGGCUCUCUGCUCCUGCUGAACAGCCAGCAGGGGGUGCUGUACCUUUGGCACGGCUGCAAAGCCCACAGCAGAGCCCGUCAGGUGGCCAAGCAGACCGUCCAAUGCCUCACACAAAUGUGCCCGUCUGAGCUGGGCCUGACCACUGGCAGAUGUGUGAAUGUCCAGGAAGUAGAAGAGGGGAAAGAGUCAGCAGCGUUUUGGAAAGAUAUUGGACCACAGGACAGGAAGUUGUAUGACUGCAUGUUACAAGAUCCUGGUAAAUUUAACUUUACACCCCGCCUUUUUCACCUGAGUGCCCAAUCAGGAACUUUCAAAGGGGUGGAGCUAAUUAGCCCCUCCCAUGUAAAUGGUGUUAUUACAGCAAUGCCCUUCCUCCAGGACAAGAUAUAUGCUGUACCACAUCCAACACUGUUUCUGUUGGAUAAUUAUCUGGAAGUGUAUUUAUGGCAAAGUAGUGAAGCUACAGUCUCACAGCGCCCCCACUGGGACAAAGAGAAGAAGUGUGCCAUGGAGACCGCCUUACAGUACUGCAGAGAGAGAAAUCCCAGAAGGCCUCCAAUGGCGUACCUUAUUGAUGAAGGAGCAGAGCCUCUCACCUUCACUAAUAUAUUCCCUUCAUGGGAGAUAAGGGUAACACCAGAACUACAGGACUGCAUAGUGCAUAAAAAGCUGGUAUUGGUGCAAGAUGCCUUAGCAGCUUUUAACAAGACCCAGUUUCCCCUUCAGGAUCUGCUGAAGAGACCUUUACCUGAAGGAGUAGAUCCACUGCACCUGGAGAACUACCUGUCUCAGCAUGAUUUCAAGGUUGCUUUGGAAAUGACAUGGGAUGACUACAACUGUCUAUCAGAUUUACAAAAAAUGGACCUUAAGAAAAGCAAAGGACUUUACUAAAUCGGCAGCACUGCAGCCUAGUCUCAACAGAAGUAAUACUUUUAAAAGUUGUGCUUGUAAGAUUGUUCUUGGAAGGUGACUGCAAUCCCAUGUACAGUGUACUGUAACUGUGAGUGUGUUUAACAGUGAGAGUAUGUGUCCUUUCAGUCUGGUUAUUUUAAUGCCUAUAAUGUCCAACACUCAUUUUGGCCAAAAGCUCAAAGCUAGACACAACUUUUUACUCUGACUUAGAGAAAUAGCUGCCAUGUUAAUUUUUCAAGUCUUUCUUCCCCUCCUCGUCUUCCAUUGUGGCUGUUUCUGCCUUACCUCUUUCUCUCUUUUUCCUUCCAUUUGCCUCCUCUGUCUCUCUACACAAAGCAGCACAUGUGAAAAAGAGGUGUGGGUGUUUAACUGAACUUUAAGUUGAAUUUGGUCAUGUUAAUUUAAAAAUAAAAACAUGAUAUAUUUUCACUGUGAAA